UAGGAAGCCGAUUGGCAUGAUCCAUUCAUUUCCUCAUAAAAAAGUUGAAACGUUAAACAUUUUUACUUUUUCAUUCAAAUUCAAUUGAGAAUCUUCAUGGGCUUAAUAUGUCGGUAAUUACUGAUCGUGUUGGUAUUCUCCAGAGAAUAGAAUGGGUGUUGAAUACCAUCUUCCAUCAGUUGGUAACAAUCUACUGCUUUUUCCAUUUCUGGUUGAUAUUUUCUAGUUUCACAUUGGAUCAUUCAAGACUGUGGCAUAUUUUCCUCAGUACAGUUGCGUAUUUUCCCCUGAUGGCUGAGAGUCUCAUUCUCUAUUUCGAAUCGAAUGUUUGGAGCCAAAAACUUGAUAGGAAGAAAAAAUUUUAUGUUCAUGGUACCAUACUGUUGAUUAGUACUGUAUCAUUAACUGCCGGUAUAUCAUUCGAAAUAAAUGCCAAAAAUCUAAGUGGAAAGGAACAUUUUCAAAGCGGUCAUGCCAUUACUGGUUUAGUAUCCUGGUUGCUGUCAAUCAUCUCUGUUUUUCUUGGACUACUUUCUGCCAAUUCGCAAAGCUUCAAAAAUAACAUUCCUCCAGUAAUGUUCAAGUUUGUCCAUAAUUUUCUUGGCAUUGCCUCGUUUUGCGUGGGAAUAAUUAGUCUAUCAUUGGGUUUCUUUCUAGACGAAUUCAUGUUUUACUCAGGGAUUUUGGAAAACGAGCAAAUUUUCGCUGUGGUGCUGAUUGCAAUUUUAGCGAUAUGGAGUAUUUCUAGUGCAUUGAAAACAUUGUACACUGAGGCGAAAUCUGUCUUUUCAUAUCGAUAAUAAAAUAGAAUGAGAAAUAAG